GAUAAAUUUUCACAACAGAACCAAACUGAAUUUCAAGUACAAAACUAUGAUAUUUGUUUCUUUUUUUUUUUUUUUUUUUUGUGUGUGUGUGUUAAACACGAUUUUGAGCAUAAAACAUGUCAGAAAUACUUCGUUUUGCCUCUUCUCCAUUCAUCCCCCUACGAUCUUGGGGACUCGUCGGGACUCGUGGUUUAUGAGCGGGGAACACGAAAAUGGUUAUUUUAGAUACCUGAAUGGUGAUGAUAUCUUAAAAGAAGAAAAUCCUAACCUAGCUUAACCUAACCUAACCUGAUCUAACCUAACCUAACCUGAUCUAACUUAAACUAACCUACCCUACCAUAUCCCAACUUUACCAAACCUAACCUAAUUCAAUCUAACCUCACCUAAUCUAAUCUGAUCUAACCUAACCUAACCUAACCUGCGCGCAUCACCUAACAAAUAUUGCCUAUAUUACGGAAACUAUUAAUUUGCGACGAAAACUUUAAUAAAUUUAGUUUCUCAGUAUCCAUAAAGCCAAUCGAAAACAAUACUCCUAAAUGUGUAGAGUGUUAUGGUCCUCCCCAAGAAUAAUACUUUUUUCCUAAUACAUGAAAUAAUUUGCUGUAUUGUUAUUUUUCAUCAUAACUGUCGAGAUUUACAUAUCUGCAUCAUCAAAUUAUUACGUGCAUUUUCCUAAUUGUUUAAACAAUGAAUACGUGUAUAUAGUGUGACGGUAAAAAGUGAAGUAUCGAAGGUUAGUAAUGGAGAUGUCGUCUGGCAAUGAUAAAAGCGUAAUUCUGUUUAUAUACCCCUUUCCCAAAUGCCUAUUGUUCCUCCUUUACCUCGUCAGUCUUCUACUCCUCUCUAUUAUGUUCCUUCUCUAGCUUGCCAGUCUUCUACUCCUUUCUAUUAUUUGCUUUCUAUUAUUUGUAUAUGUUCAAUUACCUCCUUGCCUCACUUCUCCACAGGCCAGGCGGGGGUGAACCAGCUGGGCGGAGUCUUCGUGAACGGGCGGCCGCUCCCUGACUAUGUAAGGAGAAGGAUCGUAGAGAUGGCCCUUAUGGGGGUGCGUCCGUGUGACAUCUCGAGGCAACUGCUUGUGUCCCAUGGAUGCGUCUCCAAGAUCCUGACCCGCUUCUACGAAACGGGAUCCAUCAAGCCGGGCUCCAUCGGCGGCAGUAAACCGAAGCAAGUGGCCACUCCCACGGUGGUGAAGAAGAUCCUCCGCCUGAAGCAAGACAACCCGGCGCUGUUCGCCUGGGAGAUCCGAGAGCAGCUCGCGGCAGACCGCGUGUGUGAGUCUGCGGCCCUGCCCUCUGUGUCUUCCAUCAACCGAGUCCUAAGGAACUCAGGACUCUGGACACCACAUGAGGCCGCCGCUGCAGCUGCUGCAGCGGCGGCAGCGGCAGCAGCAGCAGCCGCCAGUUCUUCUUCAGCAUCACCUUCGUCGCCGUCGUCGUCAUCUCACACACCUCAUGCCACUGCUGCUGCCGCUGCUGCAGCUGCCACAGCCGUCACAGCCGCUUCCAUAGCCGUAGGUAAGUGAAAUUGUUUCCAUAUAGUAGUAUUUCUCGAGAGGUUAAUUAACGAGGCACCAAGCACUCCACCGGGCUACGCUUCACACCACCUGCCUUGCACCUACGACUUUGAAC